AUGAAGGUGUACGGCCGCAAGCACUACAACAGCCGUGUGCACAAGCUGGCCACCCUGUUCAUCAUGACUGCUGGCAGCGCCAACGCAAGACAGUUUCCCACGAUGUUCAUCGUAAACGGAGGAGUGCCGUUCCUGCUGGCGUAUCUAGCGUUCCUCGGCGUCGUGGCGUUCCCCAUUAUGCACCUGGAGAGCAACCUAGCCCAGUUCGCUGGAGAUGGGAACUUCGGAGUCUUCAGCACAGUUCCGCUCUUUAUUGGCGUGGGCUACACGAUGAGCCUGUACGCGAUCGUGCACAUGGUUGCCGACUCGGUGCCGGUGUCCGACCAGCUGUACUACCUGUUCGACUCGCUGCGGCAGGCUGGCGGCAACGAGUGUCGGAACGGAGUGCUGCUGGCGUCCAACCGCACCUGCUACGUGCCGAGGCACACGUUCUCACUAUGCAGAACCACCCGUGCUCAGCUCGCACAGGCGUUUCGACGGCAGUCCCUGAAUCAAGGAAUGCCGGUGGUGGAGUCAGGAAGCAAAGGCGCGCAUGUGGUCUUGGUACCUCCCGAGGUCUACCGCCACGACAUGGCCGGCUGCCUGCCCGGAGUGUACAACUACCUGCAGCCGUACCAGCCCCUCCGCCAUGCCAACUGGCUUGAGGGGAGCUCCUCGGCCCUGAGCGAGAUCCAAGCGCAACCCCUGCUGUCACUGGCCGCCGUCUGGAUGGUGGUGUUCGCACUAACACACCGAAGAUUCAACAAGGUUAAGUGGGUUCUGUACGUGAUGGUUUGCAUCCACGUGGCUACCACCCUGCUCCUGCUGGUGCGAGGUGCCACCCUGCCUGGUGCAAUGAGCGGCCUCGGCACGAUGUUCUACACCGACUGGAGCUACGCCGUCAACUUCGAGAUGUGGUCCAACGCACUGUAUGUGUCCCUGGAGAGUGUCGGCGUCACCGGCUCCAUUUACCUGGGAAUCGUUCGGUUCAACAACUUCAAGAACGUCUAUCAGCGGGACAUGUACUUCGUGUUAGUUGCGGACACGGCCACCGAGGUUCUUCGGACGGCGAUCACGUUCAUGUUCCUUGGCCACCUGUCGUCGACCGUGGGAAUUGAUGUGCGCAUGCUUCUCGGCAUAGAAUCGCGCGUAGUCGUGGGCAUCCUGCCGCAAGCCAUGAGCGUGGUGCCGUACCAGGAGCUCUGGGGCCAAGUCCAUGCCCUCUGGUUACUGUCGACGAUGCUCCCAAAGGUUCUCAUAGUGCCCGACAUCGUCAUCGAAGUGCUCACUCCCGCCCAGCCAUUCAUUUUGUUGAACCGGACGCUGAUUUACUUCUUCCUAUGCGUAUCCUUUCUCAUGACCAGCGCGGUCGUCUGCAGUCCGGGUGGUGCCAAUGUCGCCGCUAUUAUUGCUCACAAUCAUGACCAGAACCUGCGCUUCGUGGUGCUUUUUCUGGAGUCCAUCGUGUUGCUACAAUUCUAUGUUCCGUUGCCCACGUGGGUUCCACUGAACUGGGAGCUGGCCAUGUAUUACCGGAAAACCCUCGUUGUCGAAGGGUUCGACUCGAACGCCGUGAAGAACCCCGAGGCUCGGCCACCCGUCAAGGCGUCCCGACAACCGCCACGAAAGUCGUCCAAGCGCGGAAGGAACAAGAGCAGCUCGAGUGCCAAGUCCUCGACCGAAAUCAUGGCUUCCGACUUCGUGGUGGCCAGCGACCGCGCCUACGCCGGGCCGGGAACGGACACCCUGCUCAGGGCACGCAAGGCCGGCGCGGAUGGACGCGUGCAGAAUGGCGUCCCGUCGCAGUCCGGCACUCUGCACGUGACCCGACGCCCGAGCUCGGUGCGCCGGUCCGCGAGCCGCGAGAGACUGGAGGAGGAGGAACUGCAGCACGGCAAGCCGCCCGUAGCAAUGCCUCUGGCUUCGGAGGCUUCGGAUCCCCAGGAAGCCCGUGCGUUCCCCUUGGCUCCGGUGAUCCCGUCCAGCGCCUUGUCUUUCAAGGAAAGCUCACAGGUUCCCGGAGUUGCUAUCACCCCGUCUCCCGAGUUGCCGGAGAAAUUUCGCCCUGAAGCGAGCAACAUAUCCAAGGAGGUGAUUGCAAUGCAGUUGAACUCAACGCAUUUUUCUCUAGUUGCUAAAUGCUAGAAGCAUGAUGUAAAAAAAAAUGAUGGUACAUAUAGCUUGGCUAGCUCACUCCCAUCUAUACAAGUGCAGUAGAGCAAUGAGACUUUUUCAA